CGCAACGACGCUUUGUUGUUGUUUUUGUUGGUGUUGUUGUGGUGGGCUCGUCCGCGAAAGAUCACUUGGCAAACUUAUUUAUUUAAUUGAUUUGAUUCCAUCAAGAAGAAGGCGCAAAGAUGGUGCUACCCCUAUUGCAGCGCUCCUCGCUUCGCGGCGUCCAGCAGAUUACGAAGCCCUGGGCCUCCCUUGGAGGUGUGCGUCUGGCCUCCCAGGAGUUUCGCGUGGAGAGCGACACCUUCGGCGAGCUGAAGGUGCCCGCGGACAAGUACUAUGGCGCCCAGACGAUGCGCUCCCAGAUCAACUUCCCCAUCGGCGGGGCCACCGAGCGGAUGCCCAAACCCGUGGUGCAGGCCAUGGGCAUCCUGAAGAAGGCCGCCGCCGAGGUGAACAAGGAGUUCGGGCUGGACAGCAAGGUGAGCGAGGCGAUCUCGAAGGCGGCCGACGACGUGAUCUCCGGCAAGCUGUACGCCGACCACUUCCCGCUGGUCAUCUGGCAGACGGGCUCCGGCACCCAGAGCAACAUGAACGUGAAUGAGGUCAUCAGCAACCGCGCCAUCGAGCUGCUGGGCGGCAAGCUGGGCAGCAAGACGCCCGUGCAUCCCAACGACCACGUGAACAAGUCGCAGAGCUCCAACGACACCUUCCCCACGGCCAUCCACAUCUCGGUGGCCCUGGAGCUGAACAACAACCUCAAGCCGGCGAUCAAGACGCUGCACGACGCCCUGCGGGCCAAGUCGGAGGAGUUCAAGGACAUCAUCAAGAUUGGCCGCACCCACACCAUGGACGCGGUGCCCCUGACGCUGGGCCAGGAGUUCAGCGGCUAUGCCCAGCAGCUGGCCUACGCCCAGGAGCGCAUCGACGCCUGUCUGCCGCGCGUCUACGAGCUGGCCCUGGGCGGCACUGCCGUGGGCACUGGUCUGAACACCCGCAAGGGCUUCGCCGAGAAGUGCGCGGCCAAGAUCGCCGAGCUGACCAACCUGCCCUUCGUCACCGCGCCCAACAAGUUCGAGGCCCUGGCCGCCCGCGACGCCAUGGUGGAGGUGCACGGCGUGCUCAACACGAUCGCCGUCAGCCUGAUGAAGAUCGCCAACGACAUCCGCUUCCUGGGCUCCGGACCGCGGUGCGGCCUGGGCGAGCUUUCGCUGCCGGAGAACGAGCCCGGCAGCUCCAUCAUGCCCGGCAAGGUGAAUCCCACGCAGUGCGAGUCGCUCACCAUGCUCUCCGCCCAGGUGAUGGGCAACCAGGUGGCCGUCACCAUCGGCGGCUCCAACGGACACUUCGAGCUGAACGUGUUCAAGCCCCUCAUCGUGUCCAACGUGCUGCGCUCCAUUCGGCUGUUGUCUGAUGGCAGCCGGACCUUCACUGCCAACUGCGUGAAUGGCAUCCAGGCCAACCGCGAGAACAUUGCCAAGAUCAUGAACGAGUCGCUGAUGCUGGUCACCGCCCUGAACCCCCACAUCGGCUACGACAAGGCCGCCAAGAUCGCCAAGACGGCGCACAAGAACGGAACGACCCUCAAGGAGGAGGCCAUCAACCUGGGCUACCUCACGGAGCAGCAGUUCAACGACUGGGUGCGCCCCGAGCAGAUGCUGGGACCCAAGUGAGCAGUAGGCCAACCUGCCGCCGCCCGACCCCAAAAUACACCCAUCGCUGUCAUCGGAAACCCGGACUAGUCGGUUUGCCAGCCUGUCGGCUUUAAGUUCGUUUGUAUAUGAAUCGCUUGGAAUCACAGACCCAAUAAUAACUGAAAAUGCUGAAGCAA